AUGUUCACGCUCGCGGCAUCAUCUUCCACCGUCGUCGUGGCAGGACGCAUCUCGUCCUCCUCCUCCACCUCUUCUUCCUCGAAGACGAGCGCAUCCAUUCCUUCUUUGGGUGGUGGUUUAAUCAGCAAGAACUCAAAAACGAAUAAUUUCGUUUCCUUUCAUAAAUCAUCAUCAACACAAAAACAACAAAAACGAGGAACCCGAGAAAACGUCGUCAUCAGAGCGACGGAGAACGAAGAAGAUGAAUACAUGUUCAAACCGACGGCGAACGCGGGAGGUAAAGGCGGCGUCUUAGAUCGCGAUAACCCUUUGUUGGAGGAGAAAUUUGCAGUCAUAGGCGACGGCGAACACGAGUAA